AUGAAGAUGAAGAUGAAGGUCAUCAUCAGCACCACCUUCCGAGUCCUGGCUGGACUGCAGAACAGAAUCAAAGACAAAAUUAAAGAGAAUGACAAAGAAAAAGAGAGAGAGAAAAAGAAACACAAAGUAAUGAGUGAGAUCAAGAAGGAAAAUGGAGAUGUAAAGAUUCUGCUGAAAAGUGGGAAGGAGAAAUCAAAAACAAAUAUGGAAGACUUACAAAUUAAGAAAGUAAAGAAGAAAAAGAAAAAGAAACACAAAGAGAAUGAAAAGCGGAAGCGCCCAAAAAUGUACAGCAAGUCUAUUCAGACCGUCUGUGCGGGAUUGCUGUCUGAUGCCGAGGAUCAGGACGCCAAAGGCAUCUUAAAUGAUCACAUAAAGGAUUACAUUGGAAAACAUUUAAACGCCAAGAACUGUGAUUCUAAAAUUUCUGGUAACAGUGAAUCUCCAUUUGUCUCACUGAAGGAACCACGCGUUCAGCAUAACCUGAAGCGGUUGGACACUUUGGAGUUCAAGCGGCUCGUUCAUGUCGAGCACCAGCCUAACGGAGGGGCGUCUGUGGUCCACGCCUACAGUAAUGAGCUCUCCUGCCUGUCUCCUGUGGAGAUGCAGAGAUUUGCAGAAGAAUUUGUGGGGUUAGUGUUCAGUGAAAAUGAAAGUUCUGCCGCUUUCUAUGUCAUGGGUAUUGUUCAUGGGGCAGCUACUUACUUACCCGACUUUUUAGACUACUUUUCAUAUAAUUUUCCCAAUUCACCAGUGAAAAUGGAGAUAUUGGGAAAGAAAGAUAUAGAGACGACGACUAUGUCCAAUUUUCACGCUCAGGUAAAAAGAACAUAUUCUCACGGUACUUACAGAGCUGGCCCCAUGCGGCAGAUCAGCUUGGUGGGAGCCGUUGAUGAAGAAGUAGGAGACUUCUUCCCUGCGUUCCUGGACAUGUUGGAGGAGUCGCCGUUUUUAAAAUGUACAUUGCCGUGGGGAACGCUAUCUAGUCUAAAGCUGGAGAGUCGGAAAGACAGCGAUGACGGCCCCAUCAUGUGGGUGCGUCCGGGAGAGCAGAUGAUCCCUGUGGCGGACAUGCCAAAGUCGCCCUUCAAGAGGAAAAGGACUACCAAUGAAAUAAAAAACCUUCAGUAUCUACCUCGAACCAGCGAGCCUCGGGAGAUGCUGUUUGAAGACAGGACGAGGGCCCACGCUGAUCACAUAGGCCAAGGCUUUGAGCGACAGACCACAGCUGCCGUGGGAGUGCUGAAGGCCGUGCACUGUGGACAGCGACCUGACCAACCCCGAAUAACCAAAGAUGUGAUUUGUUUUCAUGCAGAAGAUUUCUUAGAAGUAGUUCAACGAAUGCAGUUAGAUUUACAUGAACCUCCACUGUCCCAGUGUGUUCAGUGGGUUGAUGAUGCAAAACUCAAUCAGUUGAGGAGAGAAGGCAUCCGCUAUGCCAGGAUUCAGCUGUAUGACAAUGACAUUUACUUCAUUCCGAGGAAUGUUGUUCAUCAGUUCAAGACAGUUUCUGCUGUGUGCAGUUUGGCGUGGCAUGUUCGCCUUAAGUUAUAUCACGCAGAGGAGGACACGUGUCACAGCGCAGUCACUCACGAAACAUGCAUGUCAUCAGGUCCUAAAUCAUCCGUUCUCGAACCUCGCACCGACAACAUCCUUUGUGCUGUGAACCAAACCUCAUCAGACUCCGGGUUUUCAGACAAACUUCAUUCUAAGUAUGAAUCACAACAGAUUAAACACGAACCUAUUGCACCUACAAGAACCAAGGAAGACCCUUUGAGAGUUAAUACAGCUGAAAAGACUAGACCCCCGAAUAGUACAGAAGGCAAGGCUGUUAAGACAAAGUUGGAUCAUGUUCAGUUUUCAGGUUUUCAGAUUGAUGUGGAUUCUAAAUUUGAAGACAGUAACAAAGACUUAAAGGAAGAACUGUGUUCUGGAAGUCUCAUUAAUGUAGUUGAUACACGGCAACAUAGUUCUGUACACUCAAAUCAAGAUAAGAAUGAUGAAGACAAUUUGUGCUAAAUUUGUACAUUGUGUUUAAAAUUCCUUUUUAAAGAUAAUUUGUAAUAAUGAUUCAUGAAAUCUGAAAGCGAGCCUAGGAAUUUCUCUUGUUUGUUACAACACAGUUUCUGUAGCUUCGUAACAUUCCGCAGUGCCUGUCCGUGACUGAAUCCCACGCCUAGGGCCAGCCGCACUGUCAGCAUUGCCGGUUACAUCAGAGGAGUCUGUGGACGCCAUUGGAGGUGGAGUUUUAGGUUUCAGAAUGGAGCUGACAAAAUCAUAUAAAUAUAUUUUUCGUAAUAUGAGCCAGAAUUCUUUUUUGACAAUUUAAGGUUUUUCCAUAGAGCUUAUUUAUAUCAACUUUUUCUUUCCUUUUAAGUGUGUCAGCACUGUAGUGUAAAUAGCUUUUAAAAGUCUUUUUAGUAUGAUUCAUAUUGAAAUGUGAGCCACUUAAUAAAGGUUCAUAAUAAUGAAUGCUUUCUGUGGAAUUUGCAGAAACAACCUGACGAUUCAGUUUGUUUGAUAUAUGUCUCUGUUAAUAUGUACAUGUGGGGAGGUAAUGGAGGAAAAUGUGUGUGCUCAAAUCUAGUAAAUAUUUAAAUUUCCCAUAUUGUACACGCCUUCAAAAAACCAGGAUUCAGUUAUGAAAGCAUAUACAUAUAUAUAAUAUAUUGUGUGUUUGUGUGUGUGUACACACGUGUGUGUAUUUUGGGAUGUAUAUAUGUAUACUGUUUUGCACAAUUUCUUAAAUUGAUGAAUAUAUGAAAAUUCUUAGUGCUACUUCCUGGAAUACAUCUUAAAAUAUUUAUGUUCAACAAUAAGAAAAUAAUUAGUAGAGAGUUAGAAGUUGGGAGAAACUAAGUAUGUUGAUGAUUUUAGCCUUUUAAUUAAUGAAGUUAUGUGGCCAGAUUCUUUAGUCCUAGUAUAAUCCUCUUUUCCCGUGUAAUAGAAAAUCUUCUUACUAAAAGGCACCUGAAUGUUUAAUAAUAGCUGAGUAAAAAACUGACAUGCACAAAGUUGAAUUAUGAGCAAUUAAAAGUCUUCUUUUACAUUUUUCCAUGUCACAAAAACAAAUUUUGAAGUAGAGGCAAUGGUAGUGACUCAGCCGCCACAUACAGAUGUAACUAACAGCUCUGUCAGCCAUCUUUCUCAGGACCUCUCUCUUCCCAGCCGGCCGGGCCAAUGUCAGGUGUAGCAUCGCGUCCACUGCGUGUGGGUGCGAAUGUGGGUGGCCAGUGCUUGCAAGGUGAGUCAGAACGUCUGCACGGUUUCAGUCUGCUCCACUAGGAUGUGUGUGUGCGGGGAUGCAGCCCCUGUCUGGACUGAUGACUGUCUGCUCAGCGGUAAGCCAUCAAAGCCCAUGCUUUGUAUGUGGUGAGAAACCACUUAGAAAAAUGUUUCUCACCAGGACCUAUGAGAAUCAAUGUUAGCAACAGUGGGAAGUCUUAUCUUCUGACUUAAUAAGAAGAUGGGCAAUGAAAUAGGACAUCUUGGUGACUUUCAGAAACUCAGUAUGCUUGUAGUGUGGACAUUUCAUGGAGUAGAGGAGUUCAAAGUCAUGACUAUAAAUAAGGGUUUGUUUUAUAUGUAACUGCACUUAUUAAAGCCACUGUAAGCUGAAUUUAGGGUUCUUCACCAUCUUUCUGGGAAACAAACUCUUAAUAGAUGAGAGCUAAGAAUAGGAAGGGAUACUGUUGAGAUCUGGUUUUUAAACUGGGGCGACAUCCUUACCACAGUGUGUUUAUUCCCUGGCCCCUAUAGUAGGCACUCUGAGGUCAUACCGCAAGGAAGCACUUUUAGGUUGUCCCCAAAUAGAUGAGCCUUAUGGUUUCACCUUAAAGGAGCGCAUGUCUGAAACAGCGUCCUCGUAGCUGUUAGGUGUAACCCACGGUCAGUUACCCAUAAUGUAAAGGUUUAGUUGGUUUGUAAAUGCAUACAUCUCUGUAAAGGUGAGGUAUGAAUAGCCGACGGGCUCCAGAGUUUAAGGUAAAGCCUUACAGACUUGAAUCAUGCUUAUGCCGCUGGUCUUACGGGUUACUUUUUAAAACUCCUCUUCAGAUGCCAUCUGAGGACUACCUUUGUUACACACAAAUACCUAUUUUAAUACUGCAUAUUAAUGGUUUUUUAGUUAGUAUACUCUCAUUCUCCAUGUGAAAUAAGAUUUUUUUUUAAUUUCCAGUAUCUUAGACCAGAACAAUAAAGCACUUAAGAUACUUAAGAUGCAGUUUUAAUAAAAUGUCAUAUGCUAUGCAGAGUGAUUGUUAAUAUGUUAUUAAGUGAUAUAUAGACCUUCACAUAAAAACUUGGGUCUCUCUUUCACACACACACACACACACACACACACACAUUUUCCCCUUUUCUCAUUUUAUUUAUAUCCUCUUAGCUAAGUAGUAUAUAUCCCAUACUCAGGUUAGUUAUCAAAAGAAUUUAACAUUUUUGAUAUUUAGUUGCAAAUUUACAUGAAGCCAUAUAUUGAUUAUCUAUGUUCCUUAUGACAAGACUAUUGACCUUAUUGAUCAGGUUGGUUUACACAGCACUGUGUACUGUAUGUAUGUGUGCAUUUCUGUAUAAACUUGUUUGAAAUAGGCUUGUUUCUGAAAUGGGAGGGGUAGGCAAUUGAAAAUUUUUCUUAGGUUAAAUGUUUUAAGAAAUUUAAUUAAUGUACUCAAAAUAAGAUUUUUUUUCUAAAUUAAGUUCUAUGGCAGGUAAGAUUUUUUUGUAAAUAAUAAAUUAGCAUUGUUUGGUAAACUCAGUUUUUUUGGGGGGAUUAAAGGAACAGUUUAUUGAUAUGUAAAGCAAUUAUUUACAUUUAGGUACAAAUUUGUUUUUGGCAUUUGAGAGGCUAUUUUCCUUGUCUUCCACCUUUCAAUAAAUAAGAUUGAUAACCACA